UUUCAAUUCACCCUUGUCAGUUUUGUAUAGUUAGGGCUAUUCUUACGCAUGCAUAGCGUGGGAGAACACAGAAACGAACUAUAAUCCCAAAUUCAGGCCACAGAAUCUCGUCGCCAUCAGUUGGAAGAGGACGGAAGGAAAUUGAUAUGCCGCUAUUCUUGUCGUCAGAGGAGUUCCAGAGCUGCUCGAAUGACGCAGCUCUGGUGGCGGAGAAGGCGGACGCUUUCAUCCAGGAACUUAUGAACCAACUGGAGACGGUGAAAGCCAAAGCUGAUGCCGCGUCCAUUACUGCCGAACAAACUUGCUCUCUCCUCGAGCAGAAGUACGUCUCCCUCUCCUCCGAGUUCUCCAGCCUCCAGUCCCAGCACUCUCAGCUGAACGCCUCUCUGGAAGAGCGCCUCACCGAAAUAACUGAACUCCGAGCCCAAAACCACCAAAUUCAUUUGCUAUCCACUGGCAAGGAUGGGGAUAUUGAACGGCUGUCGACUGAGGCAUCAGAGCUUCAUAAAUCCAAGAGACAGUUGAUAGAGUUAUUGCAGCAGAAAGAAUUAGAGAUCAGUGAGAAGAGUUCGAUAAUCAAGAGCUAUCUUGAUAAGAUUGUCUACUUGACUGAGAAUGCUGCUUCUAAGGAAGCACGAGUCAGUGAGUUGGAGACUGAACUUGCACGAUCUCAGGCUUCUUGUACUCGCAUUUGUCAGGAGAAAGAGCUCAUAGAGAGGCAUAACUCAUGGCUUAAUGAUGAGUUAAAAGUCAAAGUUGAUAAUCUUAUUGAGCUGCGGAAAGCACAUAGUGAACUUGAAGCCGAAAUGUCUGCUAAGCUUGCAGAUGUUGAGAAAAAUUGGAACGAGACAUCUAGCUCUUUGAAGUGGAAUAAAGAUAGGGUGAAAGAAUUGGAAUCAAAGUUAGCCUCCUUAGAGCAGGAGUUACUGUCAGGUAAGGAUGCAGCUGCCACUAUUGAGAAGCAGUUCUCUUCGGAAAUCUCAACAUGGAAAAAGCUCGUGGACCUAUACAAGGAGAGCUCUGAGGAAUGGUCCAAAAAGGCUGGGGAGCUUGAGGGAGUGGUCAAGGCUUUGGAGACUCAUUUAGUUCAAGUUGAAGAUGACUAUAAGCAGAGGCUUGAGAGUGAAGCAUCAGCAAGAAAGGAAAUUGAAAAGGAGGCUGAUUGUUUGAAGGAAAAUUUUGAAAAGUGUGCAGCCGAGUUGGAAAGUUUUAAGAGGAAGGACGAGCUAAAACCACUUCCCCUGAGUAGUUUUACUUCUGAAUUAUGGGUGGACCCAAGGGAAGGUACAAACACUGUUGAGGAUAAUCGGAUGCUUUUGCCGAGUAUUCCUGUUGGUGUCUCUGGAACUGCAUUAGCAGCUUCCCUUCUUCGAGAUGGUUGGAGUUUGGCUCAAUUGUACACCAAAUAUCAAGAAGCUGUUGAUGCGUUGCGGCAUGAGCAAUUGGGAAGAAAACAAUCUCAAGCGAUUCUGGAGCGUGUACUUUAUGAGAUAGAGGAGAAAGCAGGUGUCAUCUUGGAUGAGCGAGCUGAACAUGAGAGAAUGGUUGAGGCGUACUCUUCACUUAACCAAAAAUUGCAACAUUCUCUUUCUGAACAAACUGCUCUACAGAGUCACACCCAAGAACUAAAGGCCGACUUGAGGAGGCAUGAACGCGAGUAUGCUGCAGCCCAAAAGGAGGUUGUUGAUCUCCAAAAGCAGGUUUCUGUUCUUCUAAAGGAAUGCCGGGACAUACAACUGCGUGGUGGAUCUGUUUGUCAUGAUUAUGGUGAUACUUUUAUGGCUGGUUCUGGUGUGUCAACUGAAGAUGCUUAUAAUGCUGCUGAUGUUAUUCCUGAGCAGUUGCUGGCUUUCAAAGAUAUUUCUGGAUUGGUUGAACAGAAUGUCCAGCUCAGACGCCUUGUUCAUAGCCUCUCUGAGGAUAUUGCAUCUCGAGAAACUGAGUUAAAGGAGAAGUAUGAAAAAGAGCUUCAGAGGCAUACCGAUGAAGCUGGCUCUAAAGUUAAUGCUGUAUUAGCUCGAGCUGAAGAGCAGGCAUGCAUGAUUGAAUCACUUCACACCUCUGUAGCAAUGUACAAGAGGUUGUAUGAAGAAGCUCAUAAACCUCGUUCUCCGAAUCCUCUACUUCAAGAAGCUGUGCCAGUGGAGCGAGGGAAGGCUAUCAUUGGCCUAGCUGACGAUUCUUAUGAAUCUUUGAAGAAGGCACAAGAAAAGGCUCAUAAGCAGGUGAAAUAUCUUGAUGAAGAAUUAGGGAAGUCAAGGUGUGAGAUCAUAUCCUUGCGAUCAGAAUGUGACAAGUUAGCUCUAGAAGCACAACUAGCACGAGAAAAACUUGAAAGGUUUAUGGCAGAAUAUGAACACCAGAGAGAUGAAUAUAAUGGCUUGCUAGCAAGAAAUGUUGAGUUCUCACAGUUGAUAAUUGACUACCAAAGAAAGCUACGUGAUAGCUCGGACUCGCAGAGGGCUGCUGAGGAGCUUUCACGAAAAUUAACCAUGGAGGUCUCUCUUGUCAAGCAAGAAAAGGAAAUGUUGUUGAAUGCUGAGAGGAGAGCUGCUGAUGAAAUUCGUAGCUUGUCAGAGAGGGCUCAUCGUCUGCAGGCUAGUUUGAAUACUAUAGAGAGCACGGAAGAAGUUCGAGAGGAGGCCAGAUGUGCUGAAAGAAAAAAGCAGGAGCUAUAUAUUAAUCAAAUUGAGAGAGAAUGGGCUGAGGCGAAAAAAGAGCUUAAUGAAGAGCGUGACAGGGUCCGAAAUCUUACACUAGAGCGGGAAAGUUCCCUGAACAAUGCAUUGAAACAAGUUGAAGAAAUUGGAAAAGAAUUGAGUAAAGCCUUACAUGCACUUGCUGCAGCUGAGGCUAGGGCGUCUAUUGCCGAGGCCCGAUGCUCUGAGUUGGAGGAGAAGAUGAAGUUGGCCAAUUUUGAGGCUUCUGAGAAAUAUGGAAAAGGUGGACCUAACUCUACUGCUAAUAAUGAGAUUGUAUUGGAUUUGCACACUGCUGAACAUGAAAUUGCAAAAUUGAGAGAGGAAGCACGAAUCAACAAGGAACACAUGCUUCAGUAUAAAAACAUUGCUCAGGCUAGUGAAGAAGCUCUUAAACAGCUGGAAGUUGCCCAUGAGAACUCAAAAGCAGAGGCGGAGAAUUUCAAGAAGUCGCUCGAGGCAGAACUUUUAUCUCUCAGACAAAGGGUUACUGAACUUGAAGAAGAAUGCAACUUGAAAAAUAAGGAAGUGGAAUUUGCAACUGUCAGGAAAGAAGAAGCUCUUGCUGCUGCUUUAUCAGAAAUUGCAUUUCUAAAAGAGGAUUGCUCGGUUAAGACGUCUCAAGUUGCAGUUUUGGAAACACAAAUUUCUUCUUUAAAAGAUGAUUUAGAGAAAGAGCAUCAAAAAGCACGUGCUGCUCAAGCUAAUUACGAAAGACAGGUUAUUCUACAGUCUGAUACGAUUCAGGAGUUGACUAGAACUUCACAAGCUUUAGCUACACUGCAAGAAGAAGCAUCCGAGCUUCGCAAAUUGUCAGAUGCACUGAAAACAGAAAAUAUUGAACUCAAGGCCAAGUGGGAAACUGAGAAGUCAGUGCUUGAAGUUCUGAAGAACGAUGCAGAUGCAAAGUAUAAUGAGGUUAAUGAACUGAACAAGUUAUUACAUAGCAAGUUAGAGGCUUUACACAUCAAAUUGGCCGAGAAGGACCGUCAUUCUUCCUGUGUUUCUGGAAGCUCUUCUCAUGAUUCUCUUGAUGAUGAUAAUGGUUUGGGACAUAUUGUAAAUUACCUCCGACGCUCGAAAGAAAUUGCAGAAACAGAAAUUUCUUUGCUAAAACAGGAAAAACGGCGACUUCAAUCACAGCUUGAAACUGCUCUGAAGGCAGCAGAGUCAGCUCAAGCGUCACUUAAUGCUGAGCGAGCAAAUUUAAAGACAUCGCUGUUCACUGAGGAAGAGUUCAAAUCUCUACAGCUUCAGGUUCGAGAAAUAAGUUUGCUUCGGGAAAGUAACAUUCAACUCAGAGGGGAAAACAGGCAUAAUUUUGAGGAAUGUCAGAAACUUCGUGAAGCUCUUCAAAAAAUUAGUAUUGAAAUGGAAAUUAAGGAGAGAAGUCUUGAGGAGAGGCAAAAUGAGGUUGAAGCUUGUAGGAGAGAUAUUGAAAAACAGAUGAUGGAGAAAGAAGAUUUUAAACGGAAGGUUGAUGAGUUAUUGGAGAAGUCGAAGAGUUUUGAUGUGGAAGAUUAUGACCGUUUGAGAGAAUCAGUUCAGCAGAUGCAGGUAAACCUUAGAGAAAAGGAAGCUCAAUUAGAAGAAAUGAAGGUGGUAUUAUCUGAGAGGCAAAGUGUGAUAUCACGUUUGGAGCAGGAUGUUUCAAGGAGUAAAAUAGAAAGGAAUGAAAAGGAGUCCAGGAUAAAUGAAAUAUCUCAAGUUGAGGCUUCUUUGAGAUCAGAUCUUGAAAAGCAGAGGAGGGUGAUAGCUCAAUUAAAGAAGAAAUCUGAAACCUUGUCAAAAGAAAAGGAAGACAUGAGCAAAGAGAACCUUGUUCUUUCCAAACAAUUAGAAGAUGCUAAGCAAGUGAAAAGGAGUCUUGGAGAUGCUGCAGGUGAGCAUGCUAUGAAGGAGAAGGAGAAGGAGAAGGAGAAGGAGAAGGAGAAGGAGGAGAAAGACACCAGAAUACAGAUUCUGGAAAAAACUGUGGAGAGGUUGAGAGAGGAAUUGAAGAAGGAAAAGGAUGAACAUAAAACAGAGAAAGCAAAGCGACUGAAGACGCAGAAGACAAUUAGUGACUCAUAUGAGACUGUUUCUCAGCAUCGGGUGAAGUUGUUAGAUGAACUGGAGAAGCAUAAACAGGCUCUGAGAAUGCUUGUAGAUGAAGUUGAAAAGCUAAAGCAGUCUAGGGGAAAUCAAUCAGAGGGAACCACCGAAAUUAAUUUCCUAUCUGGUAGUCUCUUGGAGGACCUUGCUACUGCAUAUCAUCUGGCUGUAGAAAGUUUUCAUCGGUCUGCUCAACCAGUAUCUGUUGAACCUGGGGCCUCUGCUGUGGUUUCAUCAGCGGCUUCGGAUACCACUUCUGCAGGGCCUACCAUAGUUGCUGCAAUGGCUCCAGCAAUCUCGUCUCCCGCCCCCUCUACCGCAAAUGUUCCUUCUGCCAAAACAGUGCAUGAAAAAGAGAAGAAAUCUGUUUUAGUGAAGCCAAGUCUGGAGACACGCAAGACAGGAAGGAAGCUGGUCCGACCUCGUAUUAUAAAACCUGAAGAAUCCCAGCCUGAUAUAUUGAUGUCAGAACUUGAAGGGUCUGAUAAGCCUUCAUCAUCUAAUGAUUUGGAAAAUCAGGGAAAUCUUGAUAUACCUACAUCAGCACCUGGUCGUAAGCGCCCAUCUGCAUUAUCAACUCCAGAGUUAUGUGAAGAAUUGCUUGUGACGGACGAAACAGGCGCAGAUGUUGCUGAACCAACACUGAAGAGGUCCAGAAAUUCAGAGACCCCACAAGAAGGUGGUGAAGGACUGCCACCAGAGGGCAGCGAUUCCCAAGCUGCUGGGAAAUUGGAGGAUUCUUCUGAAGUUUUGCCUGCUAGUGAAGAAUCUAUGGAAGAUAUUCCAGAUCUUCCACAUGUCUCCAAGGGUAUCUCUGUUAAUGUUGACAAGGACGAGGGUGAGACUGCUGCUAAGCAGGCUGAAGAGCCAACUGCAGAGAUGAAGAUGCAGGAAGAAUUUCAGAAUGACAAAGGUGAUGUUGCUGAUGCGUGCUCAAACAAGCUGAAUGGUGCAUUAUUAUCUGAUGUUCCAUUAAAACAGCAGGCUGAUCAGGAGAUUCAGCAUCCAGCAGCAGAAUCCGAAAGUGAGCGGGAGGAAGGAGAACUGGUUACAGACGUUGCUGAUCUAGAGGGUAGUCUUAAUAUGUCCACUACACUGGGAAGCUCGGAACCUGAAUUUCUGUCUGAGCAUGGAACAGCUUCUGAAAUUCCACCUGGAGUUGAUGAUGAUCCUGUGGAUCAGGCAACAGUGGAAGCGGGGGAUGCAGAAGUUUCCCAAGCUCUGGAUGAUGUAAAAAAUGAUGAGGGUAUCAUAACUGAAGACAUUGGUGAGACUUCUCACAAGUUGAAUAAUGAUAUUGAGCAGGCUGCAGCUGAGACAGACGAGGUCUCUGAAGCUGCUACAACUAAUCCUGAGAAAACACCACCUAGCACUGGCGUAGAAAUUGGUGUUUCUAAACAAGGUGGAGCAAGUGCCAUAAAUGAUACAGAAGAAGGGAAACAGGCGUCACCUAUUUAUAGGAGUUCAACAACGAUUAAUUUGUCCGAGAGGGCGAAGGAAAGGGCUUCUAUUAGACAAGGUGGUAUGCUUUCUUCCUUGACAAGUAGAGGUCGUGGAAGGGCACCUCGAGGUCGGGGUGGACGUAGUGCCCGCGGCCGUGGCCAAACAUCUGGUAAGCAGGGUUAGGUAUGGCAGGUUAAUGGGCUGGGGGCUACUGUUGCUCUUCUAGGUCUUUUUUUGCUUGGUCGUCCUAUUUCUUGGCGAUGCCAGUUACUAUCAAGAUGCAUAUCUGGAUCGUUCAUGGAUGGAUAUGUCAUGACUUUUGAUCAAUCUUGGCCUCUUUUGCUCUCUCAAGCUCAACUAUUUAAGUUUUGGUUUGCCGGAGGAGAGUUCUCGUUCGGAGAAGAACUAAACUUUAUAUUAUUUCACUAACUUUUAUAGUUGUCAGCCACUGUUAUUAAAUUCUCUCGCCUGGAAACUCUUGCAAAAAUUGCUUCGAACAUGUUCUUAUUAAAAGUGCUCGAGGAGAAAAAUGUUUCGCAUA